ACCAGAUGUGAUGCUGUCAGCCUGUUAGGAUCUUCGAUUACAUGAUCCAGAAGAGAAAAGUGAACUGCGUGACAGGACCCAACGAACCGAACAGGCCUCUAUCCUCUGUUCUUAUUCAGGCUCAGGACGGUAAAAACUGCGAGAGGUGAGCUGACAGGAUCAGAUUGAAAACAACCAGGAAGCUAGACUGACUGUCCUGUAGCUGCCACUAUGGGCUCAUUCACCACAGCUGGCAUUGUUCUUUCUCUACUGCUACUGGGAGCUGUGACGGCCAGACUGAACACAAAGAACACCAACACAGUGUUCCUGGACAAGCAGGAGGCCAGCAAGGUGAUCACCCUCUCCCGUCAGAAGAGGGCCAACAUGGGCAACGAGGAGAGCCUGCCAGCCAACCUGGAGAGGGAGUGUCUGGAGGAGGUCUGCACCUACGAAGAGGCCAAGGAAAUCUUCACGGACUCCUACCGCACGGACAUCUUCUGGUCAGUCUACGUAGAUGGGGACCAGUGUGCAGAGAAGCCGUGUAAGAAUGGAGCGCUGUGCUCAGAUAGUGUUGGUGGAUACGACUGUGUCUGCAAGUCAGGGUUCUCGGGAGUCCACUGUGAGAAAGAUCAGACAAUCUGCAUGGUGGAUAAGACCAAGGGCUGCAGUCAGUUCUGUAAGCCAGGGUACCAGUCCUUUGAGUGUUCCUGUGCCCGCGGCUGGAAACUAGAGAAGGACAAGAUGAAGUGUUUACCAGAAGUGCCAUUCCCCUGUGGUAAAGUGACUAGCCUUAGUCAGUGGGAAAAAAGACAGUGGGCCAACAUCGCCAACAACUUUGAGGGACUUGUCUGCAACUCUGGAGAGUGUCCCUGGCAGGCUCUUUUGAAGAGUGCAGAGUCAGUUGGCUUCUGUAGUGCUGUUAUACUGAAGGAGAACAUGGUUCUAACUACAGCUCAGUGUGCACAGAAAUACAACAACUUCCAGGUGGCCGUUGGCAAGCGCCAGACCGCCUCCGAGGACGGCGAGCAGACGCUAUACGUGAAAGUCGUCCACGUCCACCCACACUACGUUGCUGGACGCCCAGAUAAUGACCUGGCAGUCCUUGAGCUCCGUGAACGCAUUGUCUUUAAGAAGGACGUGAUCCCUGCCUGCCUGCCCGAACGUGACUUUGCCGAGGUUGUCCUAAUGACCGGAGACUACCCGGCAGUGAUCACCGGCUGGACGGACCCCGAAGGCGCCACGGAAGUCCAGGGAACACUCACCCUUAACCACCUGGCGUACGAGCGUCUGUCCCAGUGUGUGGAGAAGCACCCGGGGUUGGUCACCAACAAAAUGGGCUGUACAACAGUGAGGCCCAAGGGGGACUGCAUUAUGGGGCCAGGGAGUCCCAUCCUAUCCCUCCACAAGGAGGUGUUCUAUCUGACCGGAGUAGUCUCCAGGCCAGAAGGGGCUGACUGUAGGCAGGGCUACAUAUACCAGAAGGUGUCCCGCUUCCUGUCCUGGCUGCAGCCCCUCAUGGACUCCCGCUAAAAGGGCUCAGAAAUCAGUCUCUGGCUACCCUUUGUGCAUUUGGUAGAGCUGAGAGAAUUGAAAGGGCGCAAGCCAUAUGGCAAAAAUCCUGCAAGGUCAAUGAGAAAGGCCAUUUCAAGUAAAAUCCUUGUUAAAUCCUUUCUGAUCUAAACAAGUGCUUUUUGGGUGGUGGCUAUAGGGUUUUAUUCGGGGGGGGGGGGGGGGCUGGGAGGGCCUAUUCACAUUAACAGGAGUUAUCAAGACAACAAUUCAAUUUUAAUAACGUUUAAAUCGUUUUGAGAUCAACUUUUCUAGUCAAAUUUUUGCUUCAACAGGCCUCAAUAGAAGGUCCCACACUCUCAUUUUCCAUUAGCCAGCUUGCGUGUUUUGGUGAGAGAGCUAAGAGAUUUUGUGACUCAAUUGGCAGCAUUUUGAAAAUUGACAGUCAAGGAAAUUAGCAUGUGUUCAACAUUAGCUAGCUAGCAAACAUCAGAUUAACUAGCUAAUUUAGCUUUGCCAACCAAACUUCAUAUGAAGCAAAAGGGCAUUAGAAUGUUGGCCACCCAGCGCAGCACCCAAAGUUCAAGUGAUAUGUGCACCAAUUUGCAGUAUUUAUAUUGUUACAUUUUUCCACAUCAGCUAAGAAGUGUUUUAUUGCACUAAUUACCAGUAUUUUCACAUAACAUCAGCUAAGCUAGCUAACAUAGCUGAGCCAGCCAGACUUCAAAUGACAGUAAAAACAAUUAGGGAUGCUGCAAACCAGUUCAAUAUGUUUCACCAAAAGUUAAACAUGCCUUUCACUCGCUAACCUAUUUAACUAGUUAACUGAUGCCAGAAAUGUUCUUUGAACCUAGACCUCUUAAGUCACAGGUCACAACUACUAUAUAUAGAUGGCACAUAUAUCUCUUUGUUCCCUUUACCACAGUUUAGAUAUUCAAAAGUUUAUAUGUACCUUUGAUUGACAGAAAUCCUGUUAAUUUGUGUUUGUUUAAUAUCAGUGAAACUCAUGGUGUGAAUAGGCCCUAAGGGUUCAUUAUAUUGGGAAAAGGCAUAAAGGGGUUGGGAUUGGAGAAGGGUAAAAGCGGGGAUACAUGUGGAAGAAUUUACAUUUUAGGGUGGAUAAUGUACCAGUAUAUAUUCAGAUAUAUUUAGUGGAGGUGGAAAUGGCUAGAGCCUGUGUGGAAGGACAACAUGGAGGAAGGAGAGAGAGCGAGCUGCAGAGAGCAUGAUGGAAUGUAAACAGUGUCAUGGGGGGUGGGCCAUGAAAGUGAGGGCCUAAUGAGAUGCAUUCCUCUUGUGUAACAGAUGUCCCUAUUAUGUCAGUAUACUUUCAUUCAAAUGGUGUUGUCCAUAUGGCACAUGUAUUUCACUUAAAUCCUUUCUCAUUUUAGCUGCUAAAAAUUAAUGUAUUUGAAUUCCUACUAUCAUACAGUGUUAAGUUCUACAAAAAAGUGGCAUUCUUGUCAGAGCAUGUUUCUAUGUGAAGAAUUUGUGGAUGUACUUGGAUUUGGAAGAAACUGAUGUUUAAGGGGAUUUUUUUCCUGUCCCCAAUCUUCUAAAAUGUAGUUCCCUCGUUAUCCACAAGGUGGCGGUCUAGUGUUAUUACCAAUAUAGUAACUGACUAAUAGUGGCAUGGCUAGGGGAACAUUAAAUAAUGCAGCAUGCAUGUUAUGUUGCAGCUGUGUUGUACUCUUAACUGAUGUUGAUCUUUUAUUAAGAUAAAGGGUUUGUAAUUGCACUGUAUACCAUUGUAUUUGUGUAAUCACUGUAUUUAGAAUGUAAUAAUAAAACUAAUCUGUUAUUGGA